CGUACAUAUAUACCAUUCGCCUCCUCUCCUUUCCUACCACUUUCCUUUGCUUUCCUUGACUGUCAUAUAUUUCCUACUCGUCUCUACCGUCCCAAAAGUUCGGGGUGCAAAGGCUAUUGUCUUCGUAAUUCUUACUGUCGCUCUCUCACGUGCCUGUGUUUGUUCCUGGGUGGCUCUAUCCCUUUCCAACCAUCGACAUAUUCCUGCCAGCAGCCAUCCAGACUCCCCCGUUUGUCCCAGUGCCUGACUCAUCCUCGCCAGCGCCCGAUUCCUCAUCACUGACAACAUGCAACCCAAAGCUGUCGAGAAGAAUACGCCGGCCAACGGGCAGUCUACGAAUGGACACUCGAACGGCGACGAUAUGGCCACCCCAUCCACGAUACGGCAGAAGUUCCUCACCUCCCCCUCAGACCUAGGCGUUGUUCUUGUCGGCUUCUCCGGCGGCCAAUGCAAGCCCGGCGUAGAUGCUGCUCCGACAGCCCUCGUUUCCGCAGGCAUACUCGACCAGAUGCGCGAUGAACUUGGAUACACUCUUCAUGGCGAUGAGUCGGUGCAAGAUUACAACCAGCUACGCCCUCAGUCAGACCCAGACCACCGAGGAAUGAAGAACCCGCGUGCAGUUUCGGCUGUGACGCAGGGUCUGUCUCAGCAGGUCUACAACCAAGCCCGUGAAGGAAGAAUGGUGUUGACACUGGGUGGUGAUCACAGUAUAGCCAUUGGGACAAUCGCAGGCACUGCGAAAGCCAUCCGAGAGAGAUACAACGGACGCAAAGAUAUUGGUGUCAUCUGGGUCGAUGCUCAUGCGGAUAUCAACACACCUGAGACAAGUGACAGUGGAAAUGUACAUGGCAUGCCUGUUGCUUUCCUUACUGGCCUCGCAAAAUCCGAAGAGAGAGAUAUUUUCGGAUGGCUCGAAGAAGAUCAGCGUCUCAGCACUGCGAAACUAGUCUACAUUGGUUUGCGUGAUGUGGACAGGGGAGAGAAGAAGAUACUGCGAGACAACGGAAUCAAAGCAUUCAGUAUGCACGAUAUCGAUCGCCAUGGAAUUGGUCGGGUGGUUGAGAUGGCUUUGGCACAUAUUGGUGCAGACACUCCAAUUCAUCUGAGUUUCGAUGUGGAUGCCUUGGAUCCAAUGUGGGCUCCCAGUACUGGAACGCCCGUCCGAGGAGGAUUGACAUUGCGGGAGGGUGACUAUAUCGCCGAGUGUGUACAUGAGACUGGUCAGCUUGUUGCCAUGGACCUAGUCGAGGUGAACCCAAGCCUCGAGGUGGCAGGAGCCAGUGAGACAGUUAGAGCCGGUGUCAGUCUCGUCAGAUGUGCAUUGGGAGAUACACUGCUAUGAUGGAUGAUACGAGUCAAUUAGGUCAAGUGUUGCGGUUUUGGCACGACGACGCUGGUCCAUUUCCGAUGAGCAACACGAGACGCAACUGAGGUUACGAAUUUCUUUUGGUGCAGUGUGUCCAGAUAUGGAUAUGAACGUGGUCGUUUCAGUGCCUACAGGAUGAAGAAAGCAUUGCUGGAGUAUGAUGGUUGAAGGCUACACUUUCGUCAGUCUUUCGGGAUGGGCAUUAAAAAGGAAAAGAAAUCAAUAUCAGUAGAUAUGAUAGGAUAUAUAUCCAUGGUUAUGCAUGCCUCUCUACAGAAUAUUCUGUUUCCAUUAAC